AUGAGGAAGGGAGGAAUAGCAUGGAACAUGGAGGGAGUUCCUCCAAUAUCGAGAUGGCAAGUGAUCGCUAAUUUCUUGGACAAAAAUACGGAGUCGGUCUUCGAUGAGGAAGGGAGGAAUAGCAUGGAACAUGGAGGGAGUUCCUCCAAUAUCGAGAUGGCAAGUGAUCGUGCGCUUGAUAAUACGAAUUGUCUGUCGAGUGAUAGCUUUCAAGAACAGUCUGGAAGGGAGGAAAUGGACAGGUUUUCUCCUAGAACUCCUUAUGGUAUUGCUAAUUUGUUCCGCGAGGAAAUGAAAAUGUUUUCUCCUAGAAGUCCUUAUGGUCUUUCUAGUUUGUUUAGUAAUCCUAAUUUCUUGGAUGAAAGUCUGAAGACGGUCUUCGAUGAGAAAGGGAGGAAUAACAUGGAACAUGGAGAGAGUUACUCCAACAUCGAGACGGUAAAUGAUCGAGUGCUUGAUAAUACGAAUUAUCUGUCAAGUAAUAGCUUUCAAGGACAGUCAGGAAGGGUUCCUAAUAGUGGGGGUCAGCUAGAGCUAGAAAGUAUGGACAAGGAGGAUGACGGGAAAAAGGCGGCUGAAUCGACCGAAGAUGAUCAGAACAAUGCUAACCGAAAGCUAGAAAGUUUAAUGGCGAAACAUAGAGUGAGGAAGCUGGUGAAUAUGACAGUCGAUAAAAGCGUGAUGAACACGGAUGCUAUUCUCCCUAGUUAUCUGCCUCCCAUUCUGACUGCUAAAAGCAACCUUCAUGUUUCUUCGAAUGAUCGGUGCAAAGAAAUAUUACAGAUGCCAGGAUCUGCACCUUCAUUCUCAUUGCCUAAAGAGAAUCCUUUCGACCUACCUUACGAUCCACACGAAGAAAAACCGAAUCUUAUGGCAGAUGGAGAAAAACUAAGAGAAUUACAUGGUAUUAUCAAAGAGGAUUCUGUCAAAGUAGACGCUUCGGGUCUAAAGAAGAAACUCAAGAAGCCAAAUGCAUCACCCUCUCCAUCUGAGCAGGAAGUCAAGCAUGUUCUGAAUAGCAAAGGAACAGUUGCAUCCCAUCCGAUAAAUAAGAACCCUGAAGCUCAUGAAGAUACCAAAAAUGUAGAUGAAAAGGUUGAUGGAUUGAAGACUUCCAAUGUUCCUGAUAAAUUAUCACUUGAAAAUCCAGAGAAAACCAUGCAUUUGAUGGAGAAGCCGAUAACUCAAAGAGAUUCUAGCAUUUUUUAUUCGAAACCAUCAGAAAACAGGGCAAAUGGAGCCGAAAUAUCGGUUGAAGCUUCAAGAGAGAUGAAAAAACCGACUGAGACAAUCGGUCCAGGUUCCACUGAGCAUAGUCAUGUCAAUUUAGAAACAUUUUAUGAGUCUAAAACACCUUUGGAAUCGAAAAAGAAGAUCAAGGGAAGCCAUCCUUCAAAGUAUAUUGAAAAAGAUACUCGAAACUUUGAGCCUAAGCAUGACACUGGGGGUGCAACAAAUGCAGUUCAAAGUAGAGACAGCUUGAUAGAGAAUAACGUUUCCGGAUCGAAUCAGAGAUUUGAUGGUUCAAGUUCCAUGGCUCUAAAUCGAAGAUUGGUGAUUGAACAAAUUCCUGAAAACUCUUUUUCAUCUCCGAGGUCGGUAUUACCAGAAAAUGUCCUGGAAGAUGAAAUGUCUCAGUCAGAUAUGAAGCAGCCACAAGAAAACUUAUAA